GGGGUUCCGGUGUCCACGUUCAUUUUGCACUCAGGCUGUUCCACGCAAUGCAACAAUCAAGGGUCUUAAAGCUUGAGGCGCGAUCAAAUAUUCGCCACCAUCAUGCUGAUUUGGUGAUACGACGGCUGAACGGUAGUAUAUCUGGCAUGAGCGCUAUCGUCAUACACCACUGACAUUCCCCACUCGCUCACCCAUCCCUCGAACAUGACCUACGUCUCAAAUGAUCCCAGUUACUGGCUGGAUAUCAAUUUAAAUGUUUUUCUCAGCUAUUGGACAGUUGCCGCGGGUGUCGUGGUGGUAUACGACUGGGUCUUAACACUCGGAAAAGAGAUUGAACUCAUCUGGAGACAACGCUGGUCUCUCAUGACUGUGUUGUAUUUGAUUAUACGCUAUAUUGGAAUACCGUAUUCUGUUGCCAAUGUUCUGCGCAAUAUCACGAACUACGCCAUAAAUGGCACAAAUGUGGCCUUGACUGCCAUGUUGGGCGUUAUCAUGAUUGCUCGGUUGCAUGCCAUGUAUCAGGGAUCUAGAACGAUGCUCAUCUUUCUUGUUGUUAUCUUCCUGGCUGUAAGCAUCGCCUGUGGAGUAAUCGCGGCAAUAGCACUCAACGAUGAUGUAGCAGAGGAGACCAUACUCUCUGGCAUAUAUAUGUGUGGUUAUGUAUAUGAAGUGGACAACCAGCUUCUGUUUUCGAUGAUUUGGAUGCUCAACACUGUUUGGGAGGUCCUUGCACUGUGUCUUUCAGUCUGGGUUGCUAUGAAACACUUCCGUGAGCUGCGACGACUCGGCCCAUCGACAGGAUCGACCAUCGGGGACUGUUUCAGAGUGCUGAUACAAUCUCACGUUCUCUAUUUUGCAAGCUUUGUCGGUGUCUCUUGCCUCGAGCUUACUAAUCUCUCUCCUGAAAUCUUGAAUUCAAAUUCUAUUGGAACUCAGAUACUCGGUGGUGCUCUUCACAUUUCAUCGGUCGUGCAGAUGUUUGUGCUGGGACCACGCCUCAUUCUCAGCGUUCGAGAAUACCACGCCAAACUCGUGGCAUCCUCCGACGCAGAAACUAGCAUGAAUUCGAUUGUUUUCCAGGAGCAUGUACAUGUAUCAACUAGCAGUACUGUGUAGGGAAAUGCUUGCCGAGUGGUCUGCAGGGAGGAGAGAUUUGGUAGGAUCCGUCAUGGUAUAUAUUUAACAUAUUGUGUUUCGAAGUAUAUUUGAAAGAUCUAGGCAAAGCUAUUUACUAGGUUGUAUCACUACUGGAACGAAGCACCCGCGCUUCACAAAAUCAUCUUCUCAGAAUGACGACAAAUACACUAGUGAGUGAGAUAAUUGACGGAGUUUGCUGCCGUGAGGCUCACAGUCCGACGCAUUCCACAAAGUCGGGGCAUUGUUGACUCAGAGAUUCAAAGCAUGGCUUUGGCAGCAACACGACCUGGAAAAAAACAGCGUAUUGGCAGCCUUGCUACAUAGUCAGCAUAUGUCAAAAAAGUACAGG